AUGUCGGGUAAUACUAGUCGGUCGCCUUUCGAUGUACCGUUUGACGAGCUGCCAAACCCAAAGCAAGUAUGGAUUGGCAAGCCAGGAAGUCGCGAAGAAGGAUUAGGGAAGCUUGCCAUCUUGACGCCAGAGGUGGUAGCCAAUGCUGCUGCCACUGAAAUCAAGACCGGCCGUCGGGUGACGAUGGGCUGGGAACUGACCAAGUUGGAUUAUCCUAAUCUGAACCGUCAACCAUGCCACCAUCAGAUCAUUCCGCUUUUGGGCGGUGUGGCUUUCGACGAUGUCUAUACAAUGAAUCCUCAACAAAGUAGCCAGUGGGAUGGUCUGCGGCAUUUUUCACAGACGGUUGAGGGCCAAACCGAGCGUGUAUUCUAUGGCGGCGCAACAGUCGAGGAAAUCAAUGACCGAACGAACGAUCGGAUCGGCUUGCAGCAUUGGGCAAAAGAGGGGAUUGCUGGUCGCGGGGUAUUGAUCGAUUAUGCCACAUGGGCAGAAAAGAGGGGAAUAAGAUACAGCACAUUCUCGACACAUCAAAUCCGGCUUUCGGAUAUCAAGGAAAUUGCCAAGGAAUAUGGCAUUACUUUCCAAAAGGGCGACAUACUUUUCAUUCGCAUUGGGGUGACGAAGGAAUGGGAUACAGCCAUGACAGAUGACCAGAAGCGACAAUACUCUGACAACCCGAGCCCGGAGCAUGCAGGUGUCGAGGCAACUACAGAUGUGCUGCGAUGGCUUUGGGAUACCGGAUUCGCCGCAAUUGCUGGUGAUGCAAUCAGUUGGGAGGUCUAUCCACCCCAGUCGCCUGAUCUGUUCCUGCAUGAGUAUGUGCUUGCAGGUUGGGGUAUGCCAAUCGGAGAGCUAUUUGAUCUAGAAGCGCUGUCUCAAAUUUGCCAAGACCUCCAGCGCUGGACUUUCUUUGUUGCAUCUAUCCCCCUGAACAUGCCCGGAGGGCCGAGCCGUUCACUAACGACAGCCACGGACGCUAAGAGCGGAAUACCUUUUCCGACUACCCUUCUCCCCUAUCUGCGACGAAACUGGAGAGGUGGAGAUCUUCAAUGGCUACACAUAACCGAGAUGCAAAAGAAGGAGGGACAAAACGAAGUGGGGAAGAAGUGUAGUGCCAUUGCGACCAGCGAUGGCCACUAG